ACUUAGAUGCCAUUUUCAGUCCAAAUUUUGGAGACGGUGGAUCUUGCCUCCUGCGAUGUCUUCCUCAUUGGUGCUGAAAACUGACGCCUUAAAUGUGCUGAGAUGUAUUGCAAGAGAACUAAGAUAUGCGAAUCCUAAGUCAUCUCCUCGGAACUUGCUAGGUUUCCAGUACCUCAUGAAGCAGUAUAGAGAAAACCAACUCACCCAAGAGCAAGUAUGCAGGUCACACAACAGCUUGCUGCACAAUGCACAGACCUAUUUGUGUCUACUUCGCAGUACCAGGGAAUGCGAGGCAUUGAGAGCAGAGUACACACAUGAGGAAAGGACUGUCCAAGAGAGUGCAAGGCUUGUUGGAUUAGAACUCCCCAAGACACCACCACUCGGUGAAUGAAAAGAAUUAUGGAACAAUGAUCGACUAAAAGAAAUUUACAUGUAUUUUCCUGGAACUUUUAUGAAGAAAUUUACAUAACAAGGAAGACUUAAUUCUGAAAUCUGAAUGAGGGCAGCAUGUCCAAGCCAUCAUGUAGGAGAUCUAUCCUCUGAGCCAGAGUAUUUCCCAUUUCCUGUUUAUUGGACCAGACGACACCUGUAGUUCAUGCUGUGCAAAGCCAAGGUUCACCUACUGGUAUAUUCUGAUUGGGCUGUAUGUAUCAGGCCUGAUAAAUACCAGAUUUAAAUGUUUCCAGAUUUAUUUUUCCUCAGAUUUGUUUUCUUCCCCGAUUUACCCCCUAUUUUCCCAAUUUUCUUACUCAAAGGGGG